UCCCAUUAGUUUUAAGCCUCGGCCUUAGAACAUGGUGCUGUAAAUAUUUGUUGCUGUGUUUGGCCUCAUGAGAAUGUUGUUAUUGUUGUAAUUUCAUACAGCUGGAACCAGCAAGAGUUACAGAGAAAUAAAACACCCUUCCCUCUGUACAAAUCACAGAACAGAUUUAAGCCUCACUCCUUUCUGCCUCAGCAGCUGUGACCCUAAUUACAAUUAAUUCUUUAUUUUUCCGGCUGGAGUGGAGGAGUUGACACGCAGCCACUUUUUCCGUCUGGAGCCUUCACUCCACUGCAUUCCAACAGUCUGGCCGCUAUCACCUCCCCUCAAAGCCUCUGGACAGGGCUUGGGGGGAAGAUGCACAGGGCUGUAGUGAAGCACUGGUUUCCCUGGUCCAAUGCAGGACGUAGUGGAACACUGAUGUGAUUUGAACUGAUGAGGCAACUCCUGUGCUUCCUUUCCUGUCGUGCUAAUGAUCUCUGCACACAGCUGGGAAAAGUGCUGCCUGAAGAAUUGUCUGUCCUGCCCAAGGGCAGCCUCGGUCUGGAGAGGAAAGCAGGCAUGGCAUGCUUUAAUCAGGGUCCCAGAGUGUGGCAAGGACAGCCUGACCCCGUUAUGGGUGAGGACACCAUCAGUCACUGCAGCAGACACCUGUCUGCUGCCGAGGCUCCUGGCUGGUGCGCUGAGCCACACCACUUGGCUGGUCGCUGGACGCUGCUUCUCUCUGUUUGACUCCUUCAAGAAACAUGCUGGGGAUGCCAGCAGGCUUCCUAAAAAGACUCUGCAAGCCCCAGUGCUGCAGCACAGCUCCCACUUGCUGCUCUGCAGCAACAGAAGAUGGUCCUUUUAUCGGAACCCAAGAGAUUCUCAUGCUUUUGCCCUACUGAUUCUCUUCCCCACCCCUCUGCCAGAGACAGAGCAAGGAGCAAGCAAAUGACUGUUUACCCUACAAGGGACUUACCCAAAUGAAAUGGAAUGAAAGAAAGACCUUCUUCCAUUAAAAAUGCUGAGAGAAGUAAAAGGCCAGCAGAGGAACACUGGUGUGAGUACAAAACAUUUCUCAGUUGAGCUUGAUGUUGGUAGCUCUGUCAAAAGCUUUUUUUUUUAAUCAGCCUGUAGUUUUGGGCAAUAGAACUUUGGCCUGAUUGUAACACCACUAUUCCAGUCUUAACAAGCAAUAUAACCAGGCAUUUAUCUUAAUUGUUGAUUUUCUACAGGCAGUGUAGUACUCUUCAAUUAUCUGUGUUUUGGAAAAUCGGGGAUAUGGCUUAAGUCAAGCCAAAAUUAUGCUUACCAGACGUAACACGAGGGUGUAUGUACAUUAGCACACACUGUAGAGCAAAAGGAGCAGAUCUGCACAACAAAACAUUAAGGGAUGACAUUCACAUCACACAGAUUAAGGGUGUUCUCUUUAGAUUAAACCUAGUCUGAUCCUGUGGACUGAAAGGUUGCAGGAGGUGAACCAUUUUAGGAGUCCCUCUGUAUGUCAGGGUUUGGUUAAGUCUUUUCCAGAAAAAAGCCCAUCAUCCUGUCUGAAAGAGCUCCAUAAAAUGAAUGAGUGUGUCAUAUAUGGAUAUGACUGAGAAAUUCACUCUUGAGCCCAGCUGAAGGGGUAACACACCUGUGUUAACCAUAAGGAGAUAGGCGGUUCCAAAAAAUUACAUUACUUUCUUCUGAAGCCACAAGUAAUACUGAUUCCUUUCACUAAAAUUUUAAUUAAAACUCACAAAAUGUAAGCCAUAAUGUAUUGCAAUUGAUUUUAAGAAUUCAUAAGUAUCUACAGUAAUGGGCAGCAGCUUUUUUGUUUGGGGACGUCUUUGUACAGGUCCCGUCUUCAUGCCAUCUGACAUCUUUCAAGUCGUUUAAAAAGGCUGGCCAGGUUUACCAAACUCAUUUGUGUUUCUCUGCUGUUAUGUUUUUGUUGUGUUCCUGUUGAGGGAAGGGCUGUUGGAAAGCAAUGAAGUGAUCCUGCAUCCAGGCGAGGGUGCUGCAGGGCAGAACAUAACGGCUCUAACCACGGUUUCCAGGGUGACUGCUGAAAGUGAUUUCUAAGUGAUCCAGCUGGACAGUGUUCUCAUAAGCAAACAGUAAGAUUCAGCUGGGAACAUCCAGCCACAAGUCACUCAGCCAUACUUCAGUGAGAUGAAAUGUUUGUGGUCACUGAGAACUGCUGGCAGAACACAUCUGAGAUUAGUAGCUUGAAAAAACAGAAAGUACACAGAACUUUUUAUUUGCCUCUUUUUUUUUUUUUUUUUUUUUUUUUUUUUUUUUUAACUUGUUUAGAAUGUCUGAGAAAGAAUUUAAAUAAAUAACUUGUGCUAAUGCCUCCUUGGCUUUUUCUCUGUCACAUUUAUCAGUUUCCAGCUGCUGUGGGAUGUGAGGCAAUGCCAGAGAGCAGGGCCUUGUCCCAGAGCUCUUUAUUUGUCACAGGUAAGGGAAUUGAGUCAUCAAGUUCCUCUUACACUGCCAUCAGUACAAUGAUGAAAACAGCCCUUUUUGUCAGUAAAAUAACUUUUUUGAUAGAUUAUAGGCAAUUUUUUUUUUCUUUUUUCAGAUCUCUGCAAGAGGAAGGCAGGUUUUGACCAUCAGUUUACAACACGGCAGAGCAACCAAAAGUAACCUCAGAGUCUCUUGAAGUGGCACCAGAUGGUAAAUCUGGACACCCCCUCUGCCAUUCAAGGUGCCGCCUCAGCAGCACGGCCUGAAGCAGCCGGCACUCCCCCAGCUGCCGGCGCUCCGUCCAGCAGCCCAGCCCAGCAGCCCGAGAUGAGAGAGGAGCAGAGGCUGAUGAGACUGAGGAGCAUUGUGAGUCUGGGCGAGCCAAGGAGCAAAUACACGCUGCUUGAAGAACUCGGACGAGGGGGCUUUGGAGCUGUUUACAAAGCCCUUGACACCAGCACAGGACAACAAGUGGCCAUCAAGAAAAUGGCCCUUCAAGAGGAGAUGUCCGAGGAGCUGGCUGUCAAUGAAAUCCAGGUCAUGAGGGACAACAGGAAUCCCAACAUUGUUACCUACUUAGACAGCUACCUGGUGGAUGCGGAAGUGUGGCUGGCAAUGGAGUUCAUGGAGGGCGGCACCUUGUUUGAUGUACUCAGGGCAGUGUAUGUGGAGGAAGGACAGAUAGGCACUGUCUGUCGGGAGUGCCUGCAAGGACUGCAUUUCCUUCAUUCCCGCCAAGUCAUCCACAGAGACGUCAAAAGCGGCAACGUUCUCAUGGGCAUGGAUGGCUCUGUCAAACUGGCUGACUUUGGUCUCUGUGCUCAGCUCAGCCCUGAGCGCAGCAAGUGCAGCUCCAGGGUCGGCACUCCCAGCUGGAUGGCACCGGAAGUGGUGAGAGGAGAAGCCUACGGCCCCAAAGUGGACAUCUGGUCCCUGGGGAUCAUGGGGCUGGAAAUGGUGGAAGGGGAAGCUCCUUACCAGAGGGAACCCCGUCUCAGGGUUUUUGACCUGAUAGAAAGGAACGGGCCCCCAAAACUGCAAAACCCCAGGCACCACUCGGCUCUCCUGCGUGACUUUCUCCGCUGCUGUCUGCAGGCAGACAAGGACAGGCGCUGGUCUGCCCAGGAACUCCUGCAGCAUUCAUUUGUGACCUCAGGCAAGCCUGCCUCCAGCCUGGCUGCUCUGAUCAUCUCAGCCAAGCAAGUGCAGGAAGACUGCAGAGGAGACACUUGCGCCUGAGGAGGACUUUGUGCCCCACAGCUCUGGAGAGUGAAACGGGGGAUGCAUCGUCUUUAGGCAGAGAGUCAGCCAUCCCCUGCACUUGAUGAGGAGCUAUGCCAUAGAUAGGGAAUUUAGUGUUUUGUGAUUUUCGUAGCUUAGCUGUUUUAAUUAGGACUGUAGACAGUAGGAAGUUUCCUUGUUGGAUUGUUGUUUAGCUAAGAGUAGAGUAUAGUUGACGUAGGGAAGGUCAGAACUAUCCUUCAAGGAGAAAUGAAUGAGAUAUUAGAAUACUAAGAAUUAGGCUCUUCAAGAAGAAGCUGUGACUCAGAAGAACUGGACCAAGUAUGCUCUCUGAGCUGUCAGCCUGAACAGACCACCUGGCAGACAGGACACGAAAGAUGGAGAAGUAGCUGGAGGAUAUCUUGUUUCAGCAUGACUGGCAAUAAACCUCUAAAAUAUCCAUAGUGUUGGAAGACUCCCUUCCUUGCCGUGCUGUAUGUUAGCUGGAGGCUCUCAGUUGGAGUCCCAAAGAACAUGCUGAGGUG